UUUAACUCUCUCUCUCUCUCUCUCUCUCUCUCUCUCUCUCUCUCUCUCUCUGUAGAUAUGAAUAUUGUGUACACCAAGACAUUGGUAUAUUAGUUUACCUUCUUUUGCCAUGCCUCCUAACUUCACAGCCUGUCAAGCCUGAAUUAUUAACAUGACCAAGAACAUGAUUAAGAAUUGUUUAAUUUAGUGAGAGGAGUGAGGAAGGGUGAGGUUUGUUGCUUUGUAUUUUCUCUAAACCUAGUGGGGAGCUUGGAAAUUAAUAUUGGCCUGCCUUGCCCUGCCAAAGAGAUUUGCUGGUGUAGAGGUGUCGAAGAAUCUUCACCCAAUUCACACAGCAGGAGGGGGAGGGCUUAACUAUUGCUAGCUGCACUCCUUAGAUUGCUCUGUUCACUCGACUCCGAUUAUAUCAUAGGAUGAUUGGCAUGAAGAAGCAAACCUUUCAAUGAUCCUCACACUAGACGUCCUCCACUUCUGCUCUUUCUUUUUCAGGAAUGGUAUAUUACUUCAGAAAUGGGAACAAAAAUUGAAUAUAUGAUCAAUAUAUUAGGAAGCUCACAAAAUAGCAGCAGCUUAACGGUGCAUCGGGUGGAUGACUGGGACUAUUUUCAGAAAACUGGGCUGAAGGAGAAGUAUCAAAAGGCUAGAGUUGAGGACGCACUUCGGAACUUGACGGACAAGAUGCUUGACAAGCACAGCAUGGAUAUCAUCAAGAAGACAAUGCAGAUGCAUGAAGAUACCUUUAAAUACCAGAUUCGAGAGCUACACCGUCUGUACAGUGUACAAAAGAUGCUAAUGGAAGAACUGAAGAAAGAGAUUAAACAAAAUAGACUUUGGGGUCCAAUAACUAGUAGUGCAGAUCACAUUAACCAAUCCCAGUUGAUUAACUGGCAGCACUCGAUAACUCAAACUUCUUCAGGAUAUAAUUUCCACCUUCAGAGAUUGAGGGAUGAUCCAAACUCUAGAGAGCGUAGUGGAAGUUGCUCAGGAGACAUUCAGAGAGUGUCAAGGGGAUUUGACCUUGAAUGGCCUGCCGAGGAAGACAUCUCAACAAGAUUCAGUACAAUUGACCAAUUACAAGCAGGACCAAGCUCUCACAUGUCCCUCAAAAGUGAAAGUAUAAGUGCAGCUAGUUAUGAUGAAGAUAGUCAAGUGGAGCUUUCAUUAAGCAUCGGAAGUAACAAGAACAGGAAGAGAUCAAAACCUUACCAGCCUCAGUUAGGAUGUUCGGAACUGAUCGAGAAAGCAAAAGAACUCGAUACGCCGGCCUCAUUCAAAUCAGAUAGAGGAGAAGAUUGCAGUUAUCCCACAACUCCCAUGAGCAGCUCUAGUGCAACAUGUGACCAAGAAAGAAAGCGGCCACAUUGGCUCUUCCAUGGUUUAAAGCUCAAAUAGAACUAAUACUUCAGCUUUCGUGGAUGUUUCUUCGAAAAUCUACUUGCUGUUCAUUAGUGAAAUUCUAAUAAAAAUUGUCACUUUAAUAAAUAGACAAUCGAUAAACUGUUGUCAUCAUGCAUAACAUUGGUAUAUAUAAGAAAUUUUCGAACGUUGGUUGCUCUC